AUGAAGCUGGUAGAAGAAGAAAAAAUCCUUCCUAAUAGCGGUGGAAUCAUCAAUAUCGUUCCUGAAGAACUAGAUGACAUGUGGCUCCUCUACAAUUUGAUUUCUAAGGGCGAUGUCAUCGUUGCCGAUACAACCCGCAAAACCGCCUUUGGCAGAGUUAGACUCACACUUGAAAUCAAAAUCACCGCCAUCGAUUAUGAUAAAGUAGGCUCAGUAAUCCGCGUCGCCGGCAGGAACUUGGUGCACAAUGAACACGUAGACGCCGGUGCCUUCCACACCAUAGAGAUUGAGAGGAAUAAACCGUUUGACCUGAAGAAGAAAGCUUGGGAUUCUGAUGCAAUCGAGGAACUACGCUCCUACGGCAAUGCUGCUAAAGCAGACCUCGCAGUCUUGUUGAUACAAGACGUAUCCGCGGAGUUGUACUCAAUAGGGAAAAUAGCCACUACACUUUGUGCCAACAUUGAAGCCCCAUCUAAAACCAAUCUCAACAAGAAUAGAGCUGCAAAAGUCAAACAAGUUUUUUGA